AUUGAGCUACAGAGGACCAACCAGAUCAUAGACAAACUGGACGUCUCCGAGACCAGGGCUCAUGUUGGACUGGUCCAGUUCUCCAGCUCUGUCAAACAGGAGUUCCCUCUGGGUCGUUACAACAACAAGAAGGACCUGAAGGACGCGGUGAAGAAGAUGGCCUACAUGGAGAGGGGGACCAUGACAGGCCAGGCCCUGCGCUACCUGACAGACAGCAGCUUUGCACCAGCCGGUGGGGCACGGCCCGGGGUCGCCAAGGUCGGCAUCGUGUUCACCGAUGGACGCAGCCAGGACUACAUCGGAGACGCCGCCAAGAAGGCCAAGGAGCAAGGUUUUAGGAUGUAUGCUGUGGGCGUGGGUAAUGCUGUAGAGGAUGUGUUGAGGGAGAUAGCAUCAGAGCCAACAGGAGAACACUACUUCUACACCGCAGACUUCAAAGCCAUGACGGCCAUCGCUAAGAAGCUGCAGAUCAACAUCUGUCAAGAGGAGGACCCAUGUGAAUGUGACUCUGUCGUUAAGUUCCAGAAAAAAGUAGAAGAAGCCUUACAGGCACUAACGAAAAAACAUAUCCUUUACAAGAGUGUGAGAGUAUGGUAAAGGUGUUGUGUGACCACUGUGUG